CCCCGCCCCGCCCGCGCCACUUCCUCCCCCACCCCCUUCCUCCUUUGCACCCUCUGCAGAGUCGCAGCAAAUAUUCCUGUAAGAAUUUUAUCAAGUCACAGCUCAAGCAAUGCCCGGGGAAGCGGUGCUCGCGGUUCACCUAGCGCGAGGGCCAGUUCGGAUACUGGAGCUGGCGCAAUUCCGCGUUCAGCCGGGCUGUAUGCACCGCGUCACCGCGGGGCCUGAGCCCCACGAUUCCUGCCCGAGCGCUUACUCCACUGGGCCUCUCCUUCGUGAGCCUGUCCCUAGUUUCCGCCUUGGGUUGCGUCGUUCCGCAAUGGCACGGGAUGGAGGUCACGCUUUCCCCUUCCAAACCUAAACUGUGCUUUAGGGAGCGCUCUGCGAGAAGCCAUUUAGAAAAAGACGUAAAGGACGGAGCAGCAGCUCUGCCCUCUCUCCGGCGCCACCCGAUACCGCGCGUCCGGGUGCGGAGGCCGAGGGCGCCCCUGCGCGACCGUCCACGCCCGGCGACGGCCGCGCCGCGGUUGGAGCCGUUUCUCCUCUCCCCGUCCCACGCUGGCGCUGGGGCGAACUAGGAAAGGGCUGGCGAAAGCCAAGGGUUUUCUUUCCCUGCUUUGCUUUGAAAAGAUUGGAGCCCUUAGAAAGCCCCACGGGGAGGUCUCCAGAAGUGAGAAGCAGGCAGAGACGGGCCGGUCCCCUGGCGCAGGCAUCGGGGAUGGCGCGAUCCCGGGAUCACGCGACCAUCUCGGCCCCUCGGAACCGCCCGGGUGGCGGUCGCAGCGCUCGCUGCGCUGUCGCCGAGCGGAUGGGGAAGCAGGUUCGUGUUUCAAUUUCGGAUUUUUCCCCAGAUUUUUCAGUUACAGAGAUAAAGACCAUGUCCUUAACCUCUCCCCACCUCCCGGCGGAGGCAGGAGCGGGAUACAGCUCCGGGUGUUGCGCUUUGCUUCCCUACCGGAAUCUCCUUCCCACGCCGAAGUUUCAGGAUCGGGGCAGCCAGUCUAGAGGAGAAGCUCGGGGAGCACGCGCGUCCUGCAGCGGCGGCUCGCAGCUCUCUGGGACAAGGACCCCGUACCAAGGACGUCUCAACGUCCCGCCUCUCCAGCUGCGAGGACCCCAAAGUGGGAAUGGAGAAGGUGCCUGGGGCACAGGCGUGAGCGGAUGUGGAGGUGUCCAGCGGAGGAACCCCACCUCCCUCCAAGGACACCACUGCGGGGUGCGGGACACGCCACCUCCUCCCUCGGGUGCACCCGGCGCCCCGAGCUUCUCCCUAAGUCGGACCUCGGUCCCUUUCAAGUGCGGCCCUCGCCGGCGCCAGGCGGCCCCUCCCUUCUUCCCUCCUCCCUUUCUGGCGAUGGGAGCCCCGCCCACAUCCUCCUCCCCGCCGCCCGGCCCGGCCGCGCAGGCCCGGGUCCCGGAAGCGCGCGCAGCCCGCGGCCCGCGGAUGCCGCCGGGGCUGGGACGUCGCUGCCUGUGGCUCUGAGAAGCGGCCGGGGCUCACCUGGGGACCACGUGCGGAGUGAUUGACUAAUUGACCGAUGGAUUGCAGUGCUGAGGAUUGAGUCCAGGUCACUGCGCAUGCUAGGCAAGCAAGCACUCUACUCCUGAACCACACCUCCAGCCGGAAGAGGAAAAGGGGAUGCAGUUGUGCAGCUGUUCUAUUUCUAAGCACCGAAACUGUCGUCAACCUUGAUAUACCUCACUUAAAGCUGAAUGGCACUAGACUCUAAUACUUUCCCACAUAUAGAAGAAAAUGCAGUUCCCUUUAAGUUCCCUAUGCCUUCCAGUGCUGCAUCAGUACUUUCUGGACUAGGAUCCUUUCUGUUAUAACCCAUCAGCAGAUAGGGUUAUAUAUCAAAAAACUGCGCAGAGAAUGUUGGACGAUAUCCCAGUUGAUAUCAGACAGAUGAGAAGAUUGCUUUUAUAUUUUAAAAUGUUUCAAAUGUUUCACAUAUUUUAAAAUGUGCCAAUAGGGCACAGAUAUAGAAUUCUUUCUUUUCUAAAAGAAAGGUCAGGAUGGAAGCCACACACAGUGUUAAAUCAAUAUUUAAGUUUAUUCUAAAACAUGGCCACCUUUUUCCACAGCAAUGUACUGUUUGGAAAUAAAUCCAUGUAGAGUGUAUGACACAAA